CAUCAGAGCAGGUGAAGCAGUGAUUAUUUCUGCACACACACACACACACACACCUGCACAGCUGAGGCGACAACACAAGUGCCGCACAAUGAUGAAUGGCUCCAAUAAAGAUGCGUUCAAGGGCGUCAGCAGGAAGGCGGGCCUGCAGAUAUGGACCAUCCAUAACCUGCAGAUGGUUCCUCUUCCGGCCCAAAGCUUCGGCAACUUCUUUGAGGGCGACUGUUACAUCGUCCUGCACAUGAGCGACGCCAAAAGCUCGGCGGCGGACCUCCACUACUGGAUCGGGAAGGAGUCCUCUCAGGACGAGCAGGGCGGCGCCGCCGUCUACGUCAGCCAGCUGGACGAACACCUGGGCGGGGCGCCGGUCCAGCACCGGGAGGUGCAGGGUCACGAGACGCCUCGCUUCAGGGGCUACUUCAAAAACGGCCUCAUCUACAAGAAAGGGGGCGUGGCCUCAGGCUUCAACCACGUGGACACCAACGCUUACAAUGUGCAGCGUUUGCUGCACGUCAAGGGGCGGAAGCACGUGACGGCCACCGAGGUGAACAUGUCAUGGAGCAGCUUUAACAUAGGUGACAUCUUCCUGCUGGACCUGGGCAAAGUCAUCGUGCAGUGGAAUGGAGACAAGAGCAACAGGAGAGAAAAGCUCAAGGCCACCUUGUUGGCGCAGGACAUCCGUGACCGAGAGCGAGGCGGGCGGGCGCAGAUCGGCGUGGUGGAGGGCGGAGACGAGCGCGACUCGCCUGAGCUGAUGAUGAUGAUGACGGCGGUGCUCGGCCCACGGAGCGGCUCGCUGAAGGCCGCCGUUCCUGACGACGACACCCAGCGGGCGCAGAACGCCAGCGUCAGACUCUACCAUGUGUUUGACGCCAGCAGCAACCUGGUGAUCCAUGAAGUGGCCUCCCAGCCGCUAACACAAGACCUGCUGCAGUCUUCCGACUGCUACAUCUUGGACAACCGCGGCUCCAGCGUGAUGGUGUGGAAAGGAAAAGGUGCUUCCAAGGAGGAGCGACGCGGAGCUCUCACUAGGGCCGUGGGCUACAUCAAGGCCAAGAACUACCCAGCAUGCACCAGCGUGGAGGUGAUGUCCGAGGGAGGAGAGACGGCCAUGUUUAAGCACCUCUUCAAGUCCUGGAGGGACAAGCACCACACGCAGGGUCUGGGCACCGCGCACACCUUGGGGAAGAUCGCCAAGGUGGAGCAGGUGAAGUUUGACGUCCAGGAGCUGCACGCCCGUCCUGAGCUGGCGGCGCAGCAGCGCAUGGUGGACGACGCCUCAGGGGACGUCAAGGUGUGGCGGGUGGAGAACUUGGAGCUGGCUGAGGUCACUUCCAGCACCUUUGGACAGUUCUAUGGUGGAGACUGCUACUUGGUCCUGUACACCUACCGCGUCUCGGCCAGGGAGCGACACAUCCUCUACAUGUGGCAGGGUCGUCACGCCACCCAGGACGAGGUGACGGCGUGCGCCUACCAGGCGGUGACCGUGGACCAGCAGUACCACGGGGCUCCUGUGCAGGUCCGUGUGGUCAUGGGCAAGGAGCCUCGUCACUUCCUGGCUAUCUUCAGAGGGAAACUGAUCAUCUUUCAGGGCGGUACCGGACGGCCGGGCGUGGCCAGCUCAGUGGGCGGAGUCAGGCUCUUCCACGUCCGAGGCACCAGCGAGCUGAACACCAAAGCCACUGAGGUGGCGGCCAGAGCGUCGUCCCUCAACACCAACGACGUCUUCGUGCUGGAGACGGCGCAGGCCUGCUUCCUGUGGUACGGCAAGGGUUGCAACGGCGACGAGCGUCUGAUGGGAAAAGACGUGGCCGACAGUCUGUCCAGGCGGGACAAGCAGCUGGUGAUGGAGGGACAAGAACCCGCCGAGUUCUGGAUGGCUUUAGGAGGAAAGGCUCCGUACGCCAGUGACAAGAACCUCCAGAGGGAGGAGCCUCUUCACAGUCCCCGCCUCUUCGAAUGCUCCAAUCAGACGGGACGCUUUCGGAUGACCGAGGUGGACGACUUCGCCCAGAGCGACCUGGACGAGGAGGACGUCAUGCUGCUGGACACCUGGGAGGAGAUUUUCCUGUGGGUGGGAAGCGCCGCCAACCAGUACGAGACCCAGGAGGCGUGGAGCAGCGCCCGGGAGUACUUGAGGACACACCCGGCCGACCGCGACUUGGACACGCCCGUGGUCUCCGUCAAGCAGGGGUUCGAACCGCCCACCUUCACCGGCUGGUUCCACGCCUGGGACUCUCACAAGUGGAGCGGAGGAGAAUCUUACCAGCAGAUGAAGAAGAAACUCAACGACCAGACGUCUCUCACACACAUCAACUUUAACUUCAAUGAGACCCAAUUGGACUCUGGCCCUGUUCUAGGGGGACCCAUUAGCCCCCCCGCAGCCUUCCGGGACCAUCUAGGAAGUAGGUCCCCGCCCGCCGCCGACCCCACCGGUCCCACCGGUCCCAGGAACUGCGUGGACCCCGAGCUCCUCAUCCACAAGCCCGCCUCCGAGCUCCCGGAGGGCGUGGAUCCUUCCCACAGAGAGGACCAUCUGUCGGACGCAGACUUCCAGCGGCUGCUCGGAACCGAGCGACUGGACUUCCGGCGUCUGGCCGCGUGGCGCCAGAAGGAGCUGAAGAAGAAGGCGGGACUUUUCUGAGGACUUUGCUGUGAUUCCUCCUCACCAUAAUUAUUUAUUGUGGGAUUGCUCCACACAUAUGCUUUUCUUCCUUCUUCUUCUUCUUCUUUUUCUUUUUCU